AUUAUGAUAUCUCUGCUGGUCUGUGUUUCAGAUCUGUAAGAGCAGUACAGGCAGCAUUGAACUGCAUCAGAAGAGCCAUGCACAACUUACAGCUAAGGUCAAAACCCAGGGUGGUUGUAGUGUCUGAUACCCCCUCUCUCGUAAAAAUCAUAAAACCAAAUAUAAGUGAAUUUGCAGAGGUUCUCCAUUUUGAUUAUAAGGCUUACAGAGGUAAUAUCUCUAGUAAAGCUAAUGGUUUGCCAACCAUAGAUUUUAGAGUGAAAGAUUGGGGUCCAGCACCUAGAUGGGUUGCUUUUGUAGACUUCUUUCUUGCCUCUCGGGCAAAACUUGCAGUUGUUUCUGGAGCACAUAGACGUGUUGGGACUACAUACGCGCAGUUAGUUGCAGCACUUGCAGCAGCAAAUAGUAUUGGGGAAAACUCGACCAAAUCAGAAUUCUCAUUCCUUAGUAGCUUCCAUAGCAAUUUGUUGGCAGAAGGUUUAAAGCUUCAGGUGGGUUGGGGACACGUAUGGAACAGAUUUGCAGGGCCAUUAAGUUGUCAAGGCCAGUCCAAUCAGUGUGCCUUCACACCUCUUCUUCCUCCAGCUUGGUGGGAUGGUCUUUGGCAGUCUCCCUUGCCACGUGACAUCCACAGAUUGGAACAAUAUGGCAUUCAGUUGUCAGGUUUGGGCACAGUUGAGGAAAAUCAGCUCCUAUCUAAUUGUAGUUCUAGGAAAAGCACAGUAAAAACCGUCACAUUCAUAUAGAUAUAAUAGCUAGAGACUGAAUCCAAUGCAUAUGAUGCAUUUGUUUUAGAUGAUGGGUUACUUCAAUAUGGGGAAAUCUUUCCUACACCCAGCUUUAGAUCAUGCCUUUCUUUGGUUAUUUUACUCCUAAAUUUUGAAAAGUAGCUCAACAGGAUUAUUAUAUAUAAAGCACAUUGGAAGCCCAAUUCUCUGAGUCUCUCAUUCUGCUCCUUAAAGCAAGGCAUGCUUGAUGAUAGUGCAUUGAAUUGUCUCUUGCAAUUCCUAAGAAAUACUAUUAUUAGUUUAGACUUGGAGGAGGAAAAAGAAGAAACGUGUGACAUAUUAUUUAUUUAUUUUUUGAGUAAGUUGUAUUCGGAUUUGGUUAAGAAAUGGAAGAGAGAUGCAAAAGGUUAUUUAUUGGGGUAGUUUGUGGUAUAGGUUGAUGCCCAGUUUUCUUUAUGUAAUAUAUGCUGCUUUGACUU